UACGUUUCACAUCAAGUGCAGAUGCGGGGAAUCGAUGAGUCGUUUUCCUCCGCCGGAAGCGAUAGGUUGACUCGUUGAAGUUCACGGUUGAAGCUCGAUAAUCGCAAGUAUCGUUUGCUUUGUGGUUGUCGGUAGAUUUGUCACCGAAGGUAGAGAUUCUUGAUUCUCCCCUCGGCUAUUGUACCCAGCAUCUCCGCGGUCCCGGGAUCGGAGGAGAUUGAUUUGUGCCUCGCAAACGGCCCGGUCGUCGGGUAAGAGUAUCGGACGGGUGUUAAAACGUGACCCCGAGUUUAUCGCGCGGAGCCGGGAUGAUAUGCUCGAAGUAUUUGCCCGUUGGCUCGGGGCUGCGUUGCCCUCGGAUUCGAGGACGUCUGCUGGAUUUCUUCUAAAUUAAAACCAACUACCGACUACCGUUUGACACGCAUCGCGUUCGCCGUACCCGGCAAAUAACGCGAGAUUGUCUUUUGUCUUUAACUCGCGUAGCAAAGAACGGCAGGCAUCCGUUUUUCGCCGCUUUUUAAACUGCCGACAGAGGCGAUCUGCUGAUCUAUCAUAGUCAGACAUUAAAGAAGCGAAAAAAAACACAUCGCGUUAACCUCGUACCACCGCACCACGCGUUUAUUUGACAACGGAAACCCAAGAUGGCAUCGCAAAGUCAAAAUUCUGUCAACGUAAAUCCGCCCGCUAACGGGCAAUCCGCAUCACCUGAUGUAUCCGCUCCAAAAUCGUCUCAACCCGCUCAGGACACAAUGCAGCUUCAGCAACAGCAACAGCAACAGCAACAGCAACAGCAACAGCAACAGCAACAACAGCACCAGCAACAGACAAAUAAUUUUGAACCAAUUGACAAAAGUUCAUCGAACACCCUUAAGCGUAACCCUAAGAUGAAACUGAAGAAAAAAGAUCUGCUAAAACUCCUGGGAUACUUGGAAGGAGAAUUGCAGGCACGAGACAUCGUCAUAGCAGCUUUAAAAUCAGAGAAAAUGAAGCAUCUGUUGAAUUCGCGUUAUCUUUGUGGUACAAACGAUGCUCAGGCUGCUUUGGCAAGGGACGACGCCGUUUUGGGUGGUGUGAUAGUCGCAGAUAAGAAGCAAGUUGAUCAGCAAGUGGCAAGUCUUGAAGCUCUGGUAAUGCAGCAAAGGCGGACGCAGUGUCGUAUGGCAAAAGUUCUUAAGGACGCAGAGAUAAGGCAUAGAGCGGUGAUCAAGGAGUUGGAAGAAGAGAAACGAAAACACGAGCAUGACACGGCUCAAGGUGACGACAUAACGUACGGUCUUGAAAAGGAGAGAACGCGUCUUAAAAAGGAGCUCGAACUUGAGAAACAGGAGAAGAAACGAAUCGAGCUUGAGCUUAAGAAAGCCAACGACACACUGGAAGAGGAGAAGAAUCGGCAAAAGCAAAUCGUCUUGCUUCUAUUAGCGGAGAGAAAGAAGAUAAUAAUGAAGUACAUAGAGGAACGUAAAAGGUCCGAGGAUCUGGCCCAGAUUUUGAGCGAGGAAAAGGUGCGGAUAGAUUCCAUGGCCGAGGGGCUAGAAGAGGAAAGCAAAAAGUCGCUGCAGAUGGAAGCCGAGCUUGAAAAGCAGCUGGCACAGUUUGACAUGGAGAGGCAACAGUACAGGCAAGCAAUAAUGAAGGAAGAGAAACGAGGCAAAGAACUCGAGGCAGAAAUAGAAAAACUCAAAGCUGAAAUGGAGACGUGGAAGGACACUCAAAGCCGAACCGGACCUGCUAGGGUAGUCGGUGCUGCACCGCCACCUCCACCCGCGAAACCUGCUAAUUUAGCAGCAAUGCCAACCAUGAGGACCGCAACUGCCCCGCAAACGCUGAAAAGCGCGGUCCUGGGAACGGGGACGCCUAUGGUGAGCAGUAAAGUUGUUCAGCCAACAGCUACCGUAUCUAGCGUUCCAGUAAGCGGACCCACAACGGGAUUUGCCCGGUCUGUGACGCCAGGGCAAGCUUUGAGGAACGUCGCUUACGCCGCACCAUCACCGGCAGUUGGAAUUGGCGAGACUCCCGUGCCAACGGAGCCACAGGCACUAGAAAAACGCCCGAUCGCCGCAGUGUCGUCGGCAGGUCCGACGAAUGCCACAAAGCUCGCAGCGGUUGGACAGAGCGGUGCAAAGCUUCCUUUCCACGGGUCGACAGGUUCGCCUCAAAUACCCGGAUUACCCCUGGCUAAAAAGCCGUCGAUAUCUCGAGGAGUUCCGCCGCCGGUACCACCCAACAAACCUGUCGUGCCUCCAAAAAAAGAAGCGGCGUACCUAAGGCGAACAGAAGCGGCUCAGCUCCCUCAAGACUCCACAAAAUUUGCCAAACAAAAUACUUCCCAUCCAGCUACGUCAGCCGCCUCUGUCCUGUCCCCGAGCACCGUCUCCACCUCCUCCUCGCAGCCCUCGCAACAAACUGUCACCUCCUCGAGUCACGCGGUCGAAGAAGAGGUCGGUAUUAUUAUGAAUCCACGUUGACGUCAUUUAAGUACAA